GAGGACAACGCUCAUCGGCGGGAAUGGCGGAGACCGUUCGCUCGCUCAUCGACUACCGGGAGCCGCCGCAGCUGGACAGCAACGGAGAGAGCAGCAAGCCGCCGCAGACGCGAGGACGUGGCUGUGGAAGGAAAAGGAAAGGGACACCAGUAAAGGUGUGCGACAGAGUCUUUGCUACAGAGGAUGAAGAGGAGAGCAUGUCAGAGAACAGCUAUGGACCAGAGAAAGGUGAUGGUCAUGAGGACAAACACAGAGUGUCUGCUGCUGAUGGACCAUACUAUGAAACACAAUCUGCUCAGCUCUGUGUGAGUGAGGAGGGCUCUAGUGGAGAGAGGGGGGCCGUCUCAUACCCCCCAUCACCAAACUGCCGCAUUCGUGAAGUGCACUGUGGAAAUCAAGUGCGACUGAUUGUCAUAGCGAUCCGCGACAUCGCAAAGGGGGAGGAGAUCACUGUGGAUUACAGUUUGACCGAGUGGGGAGAAAACGCUAUGGGUUUCCAUGGCACUGUGCCUCCUAGUAGCUUUGAUUGCAGCUUGGACCAUGAGAGCAACAUUAAGAAGGAGGAAGAGUCCGGCCCAGUUCCACUUUCUGCAUCAGAAUACCUCACACCUUCCUGGUCUCUCUCUCCUUCCUCUUCUCCUCUGUCUCACUCUGAGCCCAGUGAUUCAGACCUCGACUCGGAUGAUGCCAAUGGAGAGAAGCGCAUGCGAUCACUUCACCGCCGCAAGAGGCACAAAGCUCUGUCCUCUUCUGUUGCACAUGCUAAAAGAAAAGCACUUCAGCGACCCACCAGCCAUCCUCCCCCUUUUCCACACUCCCUCCCGUCCUCCACACUGCAGCCCACUGCUCCCUCCAGACCUGUGUUUAAGUGCCCGCCGCCUGCAGGAGUUGCUGCUAAUAGUGUCAAUGUGUCAGUGGGUCGUGGGCAGAGCACCAUGGCACAGAAACAGCGCUGUGUUUACUGUGGCCGUCAUUUCCGAUCUCUCCCACGGCAUCUGGAAAAACACCACGCCCACCAGCCGGACGUGCGCUCUGCCCUGGAGCAAGCGCGCACCCCUGGUGACCCUCCUUGUGUCCAACCGUGUCUCCCAUCAUCGAGCAAACAGUCCCAAUGCCUACAAGUGGCUCCUGUGCCAGGUGUGGUGGUGGUAACACCACAGUCACCUCCUGCUUCUUCUUUGUCUCCAGUCGGAAGGAGCCCUGCCCUCUCUAGCCCUACUCGCAAAAGUCCUGCCCCAGCGACUCCUCCCAGAAGAGGAGGUGUUCCCGUGUCUGUCUUAAAGAGGAGCCCACCUACUCCUGCUACUCCUCCGAGAAAAGGAGGACAAAAAAUGAAAAAGGAUAAAGAGGAGGUAGACAUUUUUGAGAAGAUGAAAGAAGAGGAACUGCCCACUCCAGUCUUUGUGGAUAUUGUUAAGGAGUCAGAACCUUCAAAAGAAGAAAGAGAGGACAAUGGAGGGAGAGAAGAAGAAGAAAGCGGAGCAGAGGAUAAGACCGACCUAUCAAGUUCGCGUCGUCCCCACAUGCUCCCACUUCUUUCCUCCCUUUCCUCCCUGGUGUUGUACCUGCGGCGGCUGCAGCACUCUGCCUUUAUUUCUCUCUCCCGUUCACCUGAGUCGGCCGAGGCAUGGCGUCUCCUCUGUCACUCCAGCCUGGCCCUUCUCAUCCUUUACAAUCGCCGCCGUGAAUGUGAAGUCUCCAAACUGACAAUCUCAGAGUACCAGGCCCGAGUCGCAUCCCAGUGCCCCAUCCCUGUGCAACCUGGUGCCCCGUUAACUCUAACCCCACUGGAGGCUGCACUCUCACCCUUCGAGCGGAUGGUCCUCCCUCAUCUCCCUCGUGUCGGGGUCCAAGGGAAGCGUGGCCGCGUACAGCCGCUCAUCCUCCCCCCACACUCAGAAGCCUGUCUGGAGAUGCUUUUGCAGACUCGUGCCGGUGUGGGAAUCGAUCCACAGAACCCCUAUGUGUUUGCCAGGCCGUAUCAUUCGCCAGCUACUCCCCUGCGAGGAACAGACUUACUACGUAGUUUGGCUCGGUCCAGUGGUUCGCAGCACCCCCGGGCACUGACGCAGACACGCGUUCGCAGACAGGUGGCGAUACUUACACAGCUGCUGUUGUUAAGUGAGGGUGAGGAGGAAGGACAGCACGGGGCUGCCAUACAUCGAUUGGAAAGCUUCUUGCAGAAGGAGUAUCACGUGACUCAAAGCUGUGCAACCAUCGGCCAGGACCCUGGGCUGAUGGGUCUGAUCGGUCGGGUGGUACUAUGUGGAGAGAGAGAUGGUGUCUUGUUCCGAGGAAUGAGUUUACAUCACAUCUGUCUGGAGUUAGAUGUGUUGUCAGGAAACUCUGCCGACUCGCUGUCAGAGGACUCAGAUGUUGAGCAGAGUAAAGAGAAACCAGAAGCAGCAUCUCCUGCAACCACCAUUGUGAUGAAAAAAACCACAAGCAACAGCAAAUCUCCCCGGCCCAAGAAGAUGAACAGCAGCUCCCUGCUCUCAGCGGGACGCAAAAAGGCCUCAGGACAGCCCAAACCUGGUAAACGUGGUGUGCUGAAGCGGCCUUGGUCUGAGGCAGAGCGGGCAGCUGUUGAGACCCACCUGGUGCAAAACAUCAUAGAGCUGCGAGUGCCGGCUAAAGCGGAAUGUGAGCGCUGCCUGGAGCUCUGCCCCCUGCUGGUCACCAACCACCGGGACUGGAGGGCUGUGAAAUUCUACUGCCACAACCGUAUACAGCUGCUCAAGAAAACCCAGCAGAGACAGGGUCCACCCGCCCUGUCCAUCUGCUGAGGCUGUGAAUCAGCGCGCUGCUCGGAAGGGUCAGAUGUGUAAGGGAGGGGAUGUGAGGGAAAAUAUUGACAUGGUACAGUCACAGUAAACACAGUACAAAUGCUUUAAUUAAUAUGAUGUUGUGUGUGAUUUGUGUCCGGUGUGUAAAACGGAAAAUGGUACCAGUCUGGGAAGCAGACGGAAAUGCACACUUGUUGCAAUUUUUCUGUCUGCAGAUGACCAGUAAGUGUUUGUGUUGCUGGCUUAAAAGUAGAUGACCAUUUUUGACCAGCUGUAAGUCUGAAUGGCUUUGCUCUCUCCCUUUGGCCAUGCCUCUAUCUCUCCAAUGACAGAGAAACAGGCAGACUGAGCAACUUGUGCCUUGAUGGGAGUCAAACCUCAGUUUCAUUCACAUUUGAGAACAUUUUACUGUUAUUUACUAAUUUCAUAAUUUUUCAUGAAAUGAAGGAAUAUGCAUAAGAAAUGGGAUUUAACAAAAGAAGGUCCAUUUUUGGUCCUACCAUCUUUGCUCAUUAAAAUGUUUUAAAAAGUCCCUUCGAAAACCAACCUGAAUUGAAACAUUUAAUUGAAAGUUUCUUUGUUCCAUAAAACCCACUUUUGUUCCUACCAUUUUAAGCCUUAUGUGAUUUUAAUUACAUGGUUCUGUCCUCAUUUACAGUAUUCUUGUUGUCAAACCAGUAUGACUUUCCUUGUUCAGUAGAACACUCAGUAGAAAUUUGAAUGAUUUUUGAAUGCUCUUGUCUUUUGCCAUUCCAAAUGCAAAUAAAAAUAUAAUAUGGCAUCAAUCUAGUGCGCAGAUUCAUAUGAAUGACAUUUAUGGCAUUUUUGAUGUUUGUGCAUUAUUAAUCGUAAUUACAUGAACAAAAAUGACCAGAACUUUCUUCAGAAUUCCUACAUUUGUGUUCCAUGGAAGAAAGUCAUACAGGUUUGUAAGAACAUGUGAGGGAGGAUUUAUUUUUGGGUUCUUUUCAUUAAUUUCAAUCCAUUGAAGUUAGCGGUUUGGUACUGUAGCUUGUUCAGCAUUGAAAAAUAAGCACCUAUCUGUCCUGUGCUGUAGAAGUGGACAUGAAUGAGUGAGCAGAUGAGUUUAGUUCACUUGUUUGCAUUGUAUUCAUCCAUCAAAUCCAUAUGGAAAUUUAAACUGUGUAUUGGAAACACAUGAUAACCACACGUAACACCUCAGUUUAUACUUUUUAUAUAUCCAUCUACUUGGCUGUUUUGUUAUCCUUUGUUUUUUCAAACUUUGCAAUGUAUAUAUGUACACACACAUAUAUGUUGUCGUUACUGUUAACAGUGGUAUUGUUAUUACUAUUAAAUCUUAUUGUGGUAAGUGUUCCAUUUCCACUUUAUGUGCAUACUGAAUGUAAAUAUUUGCAGAAAAAAAAAAGAGCACGAUGUUAAUACACCGUAGGCAAGACAAGCUUGUUUUUGUGUUGUCUGUGUGUUUUUUAAGUUGUCUGAAAUGAUAAUAAUA